AAUUUCCUUUUUAUUGAAACAUUUGUUGAAGUUUCGAAAGUCAAUGGAGUAAUUUUUCAUUUCUUCCAAUAUUUUCGGGAUUUGGAUUUGAAAUAUCUUUAGAUAUUUAACCCAAAAAAGUUGUAAAAACACUGAUAACUUCUUUAUUUUUGAACAAAAAACUCGUACAUCAUUAGGAUGAGUACUUUUAGUGAUGAUUUUAAUUAUUUUUUUAUUUUUUUAAGUCAGAUUUUCUCUUUUAACAAAUUUACUUUCUCUUUUCAUGGACAAAUCUUUUCUUUCUCAUUUUUUUUACCUUCAUUUCCUCAACUUUUUCUACUUCUAUCUUUUUUUAAGCAGUUUCUGCAGGAUUCCACUUCCUUUCUGCAUGUUGAUUAUAAAUAGUUUUUUUCCUUCGACCCUAAGGGCUAAUAAGAUUCUGCACCCUAAUUUUUUUAAUUUUUACUUAAUCAACACUAAAGGAAAAUGUCUUUUCCUCCCUAAGUGGUUAAGAAAACGUACAUUUCCCUCCCUUGUAAUACAAAUAAUAAUUACACCAAGGGAGGAAACUAAUCUUUUUCAGUUAGGCAAAUAACAAAAUUGACCAAGAGAAUAAUUCUAAACAAAAACACAGGUUUCCGAGUAUUCCGAUACGAGGGGAAUUCCGUUUACACAGCACCAAAAGCGAGUUGUCUUCGCGAUAAACCAAUGCGACCUCCAUUCAGGUCAGUACAAAAUUUUCUAAUAAACAAACAUGUUGAAAUAGUAGUGAAUAUAAAAUAAAACAGUACAUUCGCAACCUUUGUUUAUGAAAAUGUGCAAUGCAACAUUAAUUCAAGUGAUUAGUUUAUGUCUCGCAGUGCAGAUAGUUCAGACUUUUAGUUUCCACCACAGUAACAUAACAAGACGGGAGGCCAAGGAAUGUCCAAGAUACAGUUUUGCGUGCAAAUCCGGCGAGUGCAUCGACGAGGACAAGGAAUGCGACGGCGGCGUCGACUGCAAAGACGCCAGUGACGAAAGCAACGCUUGUGCACGAAUCAAAUGUCCGACUUCGGCGUUUCGCUGCGACUACGGGGCUUGCAUCACCGCCGACCUGGAAUGCGACGGAAAACCCGACUGUCGCGACGGCUCCGACGAGAAAACCCCCAAUUGCAAAAUCAUCGAUGACACGUCCCCAAAAUGCAAGAGCAAUGAAUUUCGAUGCAGUUCAGGCGAAUGCAUCGAUGAGGAUAAUAAAUGCGACGGAAUUGCACAAUGUUCGGACCGUUCGGAUGAAAUAAAGGCAACUUGUUGGAAUUUGAAGUGUCCGAAUUACAGUUACAAGUGCAAAUAUGGGGCGUGUGUUAAUGGGAACGCCCAGUGUAAUGGGCAAAUCGAGUGCCAGGAUGGGUCCGAUGAGGACCCCAAUAUUUGCAAAAACACCACCGUGGGGCCCGUCCCCACGCCGGCGCCGCCGCCAGCACCCCGGCCCGGGGCAAAGGGAAGUUGUUUGUUGCCGCACUACCCCGAUUCUGGGACAUGGGAGGUUUUCGGUGCGAAGGACUUGUCCCCUGGGUCAUGGGUGGGUCCAGGGACCAUUUUGAACGUAAAUUGCCGGAAAGGGUACAAACUCGAAGGCAAUUCCGUUAUUUAUUGCAACAACGAGGAAUGGACUGAGAAUAUUGGAGUUUGUUUGAAGUUGUGUUCACCUUUAGAGAGUACGAGAGUGAUGACAGUGACUUGCACUUAUCCCAAUAAUAAAGGAGAAGGGAAUUGUAGCAAUGCCAUCGAUGGUACUCUUGCACGGUUCAAAUGUGAACCACUUUACGAAGACCCAAACUUGCAGAGAAUUCCAGGAAGGAUUUGUCGAGAUGGGUCAUGGGAUAACAGCUCACCUGAGUGUGUACCAGUUUGUGGUCAAAAGUCGGUGGAGGCCCAAAAACUGAUCGUCAACGGCAAAACCGCAAAACGGGGGACUUACCCCUGGCAAGUGGCCUUGUACUCCCGCCAAAACAAGGAUUUAAUUUGUGGCGGAUCUUUGAUAAAACUCAACAUGAUCAUCACUGCUGCGCAUUGUGUGACUGAUUCCCAAGAACGUGCGCAGCCAAUCCCCAAAGAAAAUUACAUCGUUGCUGUGGGGAAAUACUACCGAAAAUUUGACGAUCCUCGAGAUUCCAAAGAAGCGCAAUUUUCUGAUGUGAGAAAAAUAAUCGUGAAUGAGAAAUACGGUGGUCCGAUCCAAAAUUUCGGUUCUGAUAUUGCCCUCCUGGUCACUAGCUCUGUUUUUGUUCCUUCUUUGAGAGUGCAACCUGUUUGCAUGGACUGGAAUCACCAGUUUAAGCCAGGAGAGGAUCAAGUUUUUGGUUAUGUGACUGGUUGGGGGUACACCGUGGAGGGGUCUAAACCGUCUGAAGAACUGAAAGAGCUGAAAGUUCCCCUGAUUCCGGAGUCCAAGUGCCGGAAAGAGCUUCCAGACAACUACGACAGAUACUACACUUAUGAUAAAUUAUGUGCAGGAUAUUUGAACAACAAUACUGCCGUGUGUAGGGGCGACAGUGGCGGAGGACUUGUCGUGAAACGCAAUGGUGAUAGGUAUUAUCUCACUGGAGUUGUGAGUCUUUCGCCGACCUCUCCAAGAGAGGCCGAUGGAUGCGACAGUAACCAGUAUGGGCUUUACACGAAAGUUGCAGCACAUACUGAAGAUUUUAUCCUGAAAAAAGUGACUGAAUAUGGAAUAAACGCGCGCGUGUCUGGAUGGGGUUACACUGUCGAGUACAAAAACCCCUCCAAGGUGCUUAGAGAGUUAAAAGUCCCGAUAAUCACAAACGAUCAAUGUGACAGCGAUUUACCGGAGGAUUAUCAAAAAUUCAUGACUGAUGAUAAGAUUUGUGCGGGAUUUUUAAACACUGGAACAUCUGUUUGUAGUGGCGACAGUGGAGGUGCUUUAGUAACAGAAUUUAAAAGUCGGUACUACGCUGUUGGAAUCGUGAGUCUUUCCCCACAAGCCCCCACUGAAGAAGGGGGCUGUGAUAGUCAACAAUACACUCUUUUCACUAGUGUUUAUUACUACAUUAACGAACUGAUUUUUGAAAAAGAAGCGAGAUACAGACCGUCACUUUCGGAAAUUGCAAUUUGCGAAGAAGACUCCAAUUGCCAACCCGAACAUUUGACAACAACAACAACAACAACGACAACAACACCAAAACCGGUCACAAAACCGUCAACUCCCAGUUGUGUUUUGCCCCAACACCCGGUUUGGGGCCAAUGGUCGAUCUACGGGGUGCAAACUCAAUUCUCCCCCGGGCAAUUUGUAUCACCAGCAACUGUGCUCCAAGUGACUUGUCAAAAAAAUUACAAAUUGGAGGGAAACAAUCUCCUCAUUUGUCACAACGGGGAGUGGUCCCCCGAAAUCGGAACCUGCUUAAGAAUCUGCCCCCCGGUGCGAAGCACCCCCUCAACCAUAAUCACUUGCACUUACAAAAACAACGCGACUGAUUGUGAUAGCCCCCCCGAUGGUACCGUCGCUAAAUACACCUGUGCCCCCUUUUACGAGAGCACCGAAACGACGAAAAAUCCAGUGCGGGUGUGCAAGAACGGCUCAUGGGAUUUAUCCAAACCUGAAUGUGUCCCAAUUUGUGGGAAAAAAAAUGUCAAGGCUCAGCUGUUGAUUGUGAACGGGAGAGGGGCCAUUUCCGGUGAACAUCCCUGGCAAGUGGCUAUUUAUCGAGAUAAGAGAUUUAUCUGUGGGGGAGCUUUGAUUGGGGAAAAUAUUAUUUUAACCGCCGCACAUUGUGUGCGUUCUCAAAACCGCGAGGGACACUUUGAGGACUUUAUAGUUGGUGUUGGGAAGAAUUCAGUCCGAUUCGAAGACAUUUCUGAGGUCUAUGCCCAGUAUUCGGGGUUGCAGGAUAUAAUCGUCCCGAAGCAAUUCAACGGAAUUUACACUAAUUUAAUGGCAGAUAUUGCAAUUUUAGUUAGCAAAAAAAACUUCACUAUGUCACAAGCCGUCCAACCUGUGUGUCUAGAUUGGGCAAAUUCGAUUGAUUUCAAAAAAAAUUCCAAGGGUUAUAUCACAGGUUGGGGCUACACCUCUCAAGGCUCGACUCCUGCUCAAAAUUUACAAGAACUCGAGGUCUUGAUUGUGUCUAAUAACGAUUGUAGACAAUUUUUAUCCGAAGGAUUUUUACCGCAACUAACUUUCGAUAAGAUAUGUGCCGGGGACCCCACUAAUAAUGCUAGUGCAUGCAAUGGGGACGCUGGAGGCCCCCUAGUCGUGAAACACGACGGAAGAUAUUAUAUUACAGGAAUUGUGAGUAGUGCCGAAGCUGAUUCCACCAAUUACAGGUGUAAAACCGACCAAUACGGACUCUUCAUCAACGUCACGGAAUACAAAUCGUUCAUUUUGGAAACUAUAGCUAAAUACAAUCCAAGUUCGAAUAUCGCUGAUUGUGAUCAUGAAAAUUGUCCACCACCAAAACCGGAACUUCCACCUCAGAAGUCCGGUUGUGUCCUCCCCAAACACCCCGAUUUUGGCAAAUGGUCACUACUCGCCCCCUCCAGUCUCUCCCCCGGAAUGUCAGUCAGCGUGGGGACACUUCUACAAGUGACUUGUCAAAACAAGUACAAGCUGGACGGCAAUUCGAUUAUUUUGUGCGAUGAGGGGCACUGGUCCUCCGAAAUAGGCAAAUGCUUACGAACCUGUCCUUCGGUUCUCAGCACCCCCAAACUCCACGCAACUUGCGUGUUCAAAGGCAAAGAAUCGGACAAUUGCACGGACCCGAUUGAGGGUACCCAAGUCAAGUACCAAUGUGCCCCCUACUAUGAAGACCCCACGUUGUCACAAAACCGCGUCGGGAACUGUGAAGGGGGCCUCUGGGACCGUCAAACCCCCAGCUGUGUCCCCAUUUGUGGGGUGAAAUCGGUCCAAGCGCAACAGUUAAUCAUCGGGGGGAAUGUGGUGAAAAAAGGGGAGUAUCCUUGGGUGGUUGCGAUUUACCAUGGCCCCCAGAAAGACUUCAUUUGUAGCGGAAAUCUCAUAAGUGAGAAAAUAAUCCUGACUGCUGCGACUUGUGUCACCGACUCCGAAGGCAAACUUCGCGAUAAAAAGGACUUUGCAGUGGCGGUGGGGAAGUACUAUCAGGAUUUUACUGAUUCUCGUGAAAAAAUCAGCAACGUUCAAUUUUCUGCUAUUGAUGCAAUUCACGUCCCUGAAUUUUAUCGAGGUGUUGUACAAAAUUUUUACGGCGAUGUUGCUGUUCUGGAGACGAUGAAGAGUUUCACUUUCACGCAAACUGUUCAACCUGUUUGUGUGGAUUUUUCGACGAAUUAUGACAAUAGGAAUGGUAGUACAGGAUUUGUGACUGGUUGGGGUUUUACAAGUGAAAGUGGAGGCGUGUCGGAGGCACUCAAAGACCUUCAAGUGCCAUUAGUUAGUACCGAGGAAUGCAAGACGGAAUUGCCCCCAGAGUUUCAGAAAUUUCUGCUUUCUGACAAAUUAUGCGCAGGCUAUAGAAAUAAUGGAACUUCAGUUUGUCGAGGGGACAGUGGAGGUGGACUGGUUGUCAAGUCUUCGACCACUGGCAGAUACUACCUCGCUGGGAUUUUGAGUGUGGCUCCCACAGGUCCUUCGGGGGGCUGUAACAGUCAACAGUAUGCCCUUUACACUCGAAUCUCCUUCCACAACGAUUUUCUCUCGGGGAAAAUAAAGUAGCACAAGUUUUAUUUUAAAAUUUUAAUCAGCCUGAUUUCUAUCGUAAAUAAAGUCAUUAGUACUGAAAAGUA